CUGAGCCCAGUCUCCCGACCGCGUGGAUCGUUAUUUUCUACUCGUUCGUUGAUCAUGUGUUCCUAAGCGCUUUUCUCUCAUAUUUCCACGCAUUUCUCUUGAAAGAUUUUUAAAAAUGCCUCGCAAGUGUCAGUAUGAAAGUGAGUAUCACGCGAAUUUCAAGCCAUUCGAGGUCCAGCUUAAUAAGGAGCCGAAGUUUUCGCCUGCGAAGCCGAAAGUGCAAGAAACCAAAGUAGCUGAAACUCUCCACAAAUCUAGCCACAACACGCAUAACCACGAAGAUGAUAAGGAGAACAGAGCAUUAGAGUACAAAGCAGGUUUGGCUCCUGCAAUGCCUCGCACAAAAAAGCAACGAUAUGUCUCUGAGUAUCAAAAACAGUUUUACUGGAAAAAGCCUGUGGGUAGAGAAGCCCCAAUCCUGUCUGCAGAAAAGGUUGUAUUCAGUUCACAAGAUAACCUCCCUCCUGCAAAGCCUGUGAAAAUAAGCAUGCCUACCAAGAGUGAGUACCAAUUGCAGUUUGUGAAGUACCCAUUAGUUACCACCCUUCGGGAUGAUGAGUGUGCAGGUAGUCAAGGAAAGGAAAAAGAAGCUGGAGCCAACAAGAAAGCCGAGCUCCAGCCACCAGCAGGUGUGGCUAGCUCCCCUGAUAAACAACAAACACCCCUUCCAUUGGCUCCAGAAGUACCUUACAAGCCAAUGAAAUUCCAGAGUGAAUACCACACCAAUUUCCAGCCCCCGUCGAUGUUUGAUUAUAUUGAUGGGGCAUGGGUGGGGGCAGAUCCCCCCCACUUGUACCCUCCGGAGAAACCUUCUGAUAAUGUUCAUCCCGUCACUCUUUCGUGGUUCAAGCAGGUGACAGAGCUGCGUAACAAAGCGCAAAGCUACAGAACACGCGCGCGGGGAGACUCGCAAUUCCUAGGCAUCCUCAAGUCUCUUGAGGAACAGCAGUCAAUCACCCUGGAAAAAGCCAAUAAGAGAACGCCAUCUGCUCAACAUAGGUUAAGAGAUGACGAAGCCAACCGAGUGCCGGACAUGCGCAUAGAGUGUUUAGAGGAACGACAGGAGAAAGCUCAGCCGGUGUCAGAUCACAUGAUUCGAAAAGCAGAGACUGGAAAUCAGGAAAAGCGAAAUGAGUUUAGCAGUAAAAAUAAUAAUAACGAACAUGGCAUCCACCUCGCUCCGACCGAUGACCGCGCGAGUAUCGACCAAGGAUCCGGUCAUCGGAAGCGUGAAGCAUGGGCCGAACCGGGACCGAUCUAUCCUCGUGCCGCCAUCCCGCCGUAUGGCGUAUCCGAGAGUUUGCCGACGAGUCGGUCGGCCUCGUCCAUCGGGUCGGACUCGAUGUCCGACGUGACGCUAACUGACGACCUGAUGAAUGAGCGGCCGCGGUCCACUCCGGACGAUAAGAUGAGGAAACCCACGACGGGUCUUCGAGAUGUGGCAAUACAGCACGCUCAGGGUGAGGGUGAGGUGGGGAUCGACCCGCCGCGAGUAUCAACUCGAGAAGAAAACUCGCGCUCGCGAGUUGAAGACCAAACUUUGCGUGGCAAGGGUAUAGGUAAAGCGAAGGAUGCGCGAGUUACUCAUUUGCGUCGGCUGCCAACCCUGCACGAGUUAAAUGAGCCGAUAGACGACAGAACCAGAAAGCUUUUCACAGGUCGUCAUCACGUUGCCAGCGAUGACAGAAGCCCGAGAAACGACUCGCCACCAGCUCGACAGCCACCCGAGCAGCAACAAGUGGACUCUAAGACAAGGAAGCUGUUCACAGGAAGACCCCUGGAAACGAGUGACUCUACCGACCUUGGGUUGAGUGUUGACACUUCAGCGAGUAACUCGACGACUCACUCGUCGUUACCACCGCCCCGAGUUGACAGUAGAACCAAGCACAUUCACAUGGGCAGACCGGCUGGCGGUAGAGCGACGAGUACCGAGAGUGAGUCGUACUCGUCGGGUGACGAGUUAUCGAGUAGUUUGUCUAGUGAUGCACUGUCGUUUGAAGCAAUGAAGAAGCGCAAGGAUCUUGCGACGAAGACACUCCAGCGAGCACGGAACCGCGGAGCGCGGUUUUGAUGGGGCACAGUCAAACUAUGUCCACACUUAUAGUCUAUAGUCUCAACGCUCCUGACAAAAGUGCAAGUCCCUAGCCACUCCUAGAAGAUUAAGACCUGAGUACUUCCAGUGUAAAAACGUAGAGAUCCGGCCAGUUUGUUGGGCUCUUCUCUGCAAAAUGGCGUUUUAUAUUUUUCACCAAAUUCAAAAGAGCAACUACCGUGUUUUGUGAUGCCAGUGCAACCUGGGAUAGCCCCCCCCCCCCCCCCCCCCCCAUCCACGGCGUAAUGAGUCGACCGUUCGGGAAUCGAACACAGUCGGGCUCGCACAAAAUAUUUCUUAAUCGGAAUAGGAUAUGCUCUAUUCCCAGUCGUCGCUAGUCCUCGUGGGAAAACGUAUUGCGGGCUCACGGAAACGUGCACGAGUCAAUCCAACAAUCCAACGUGGGGUAAUUGAUUUUUAGAUGGAACUCGCAAAAUUUUUAAAAAAUCGGACAUUUGGUAAUCGAUCCCGGUUCACUUGUCCGAUGCAAGUUAAUAAGCAGUACUCGCAAUACUUUCUUAUGUCCCAAGUUCCGGGUUUAUCAGACCAAACAAUUGAGUUCUAUUACCGAACGUUCGAUUUAUCAGGCCGAGCAUUCGAGCGCUUUUACCCACCUUUAUAAAUAAGGAAGACGAAUUAAAGGAAUAUUUAACUAA